GUCCAAGAACGGGUGUCGACCUUCAUUUCCACUGUUCCACAUCGCAUAGAGAAGAAGAGCUAAAAAGAAAAAGAAAGGAAAAAAAAAAAACACAGAGAAGAGGGGAAAGAGAGGAGGAGGAGGAGGAUUGGGAGGAGGAUGGCGUCCGGGUGGGGGAUAACGGGGAACAAGGGGCGGUGCUACGACUUCUGGACGGACUUCAGCGAGUGCAUGUCCCGCUGCCGCGAGCCCAAGGACUGCUCCCUCCUCCGCGACGACUACCUCGAGUGCCUCCACCACUCCAAGGAGUUUCAAAGGAGGAACAGAAUCUAUAAAGAGGAGCAGCGCCAAAAAAGAGCGGCGGAACGGAAGGCCAAGGAGGAAGCCAAAGGGGGCGGUGAGGCCAUUCAUCAUUAGCUUUGCUGCGAUCUUCUCCUCGCAACUUGAUCUCUAAAAACUCGAAUUUGUAUUUCGAAGUCGAAUUUCGCAAUCACAGCACUGUUUUCUGUUUAUGUGCUUAUAAUGUCCAAGGUAAUAAAAAUGCUGUUCUAGAUGAAGAGGGGCAUUGUUUUAAUUUCUUUCUUUUGGAUUUGAUCGAUGUUUAUGUUGGUUCUAAAGAAUUGGUUCCAUCAACUUUAAAACUGUUUUACAUUUCUUGUUGCGGAAACAUUGUCUCCGUUGCAGCUUGUUGAAUUGCCACCCAAUCUGAGAUGAGUUGGUGUUUGAAAAGUGUACUUUUAAGCAUUUUUUUCCUGCAUAGAUUGGGGUCAAUACUUGUUGACAAUGAUGGUUUUGGGCUUGUACUUUACAGAUAUAGUUUUUAAUUCAAUUUGUGGUCAAUAA